AUGGCGCGGCGCGCCCUGCCCUGCGCGGCCGGCCUGCUGCUGGCCCUGCUGGGCUUGGGCCGGGGGCCGCGGCCGUGCGCCCAGGGGGCCUCCCUGGCGCGCCUCUCCCCGACGCCCCCCGACGAGCCCUGGUGCCCCUACAAGGUGCUGAGCCCCGGCGGGGGGGGCGGCGGCCGCCUGUGCUUCCGCAGCCCGGCGCGGGGCUUCCAGUGCGCGGCGCGCCGCUGCCGAGCGCACCGCUCGCCCGGGCGCGGGCUGGUGGCCAACGUGCUGCUGAACGGCAGCGUCCUCCUGCAGUGGGGCUGGCCGCCCCCCGGCGCCGGGCCGGCCCCCGCCCCCGCCCCGCGCGGCUUCGCCCUCUCCUGCUCGUGGGAAGGCGCCUACACGCGUUUCCAGUGCGACGGCGUCCGCCUGGGCGCCUCCUGCCGGGACUACCUGCUGCCCGACGCCCACGGCGGCGUCCGCUACCGGCUCUGCCUGCGGGCCCUGCCCGGCGACCCCAACGCCGGCGGCGGCGGCCCCGAUCCCUCGCCCUGGCCCCCGGAGUGCGUCGAGUUCGCCGUCGAGCCGGCCGGCAUGCGGGACAUCGUGGUGGCCAUGACGGCCGUCGGGGGCUCCAUCUGCGUCAUGCUGGUCCUCAUCUGCCUCCUGGUGGCCUACCUGACCGAGAACCUCACGCCCCCCGACGCCCCCCACGGCGGCUCGGCCAAGGGGGCCAACUGA